AUGGGUCUACUGUCUUUAGGCACGCCUCUACAAUGGCUUGAGUCUCGCCAGCACAACGAACAUGUAAGACAAAAUGGGAUCAAACAAUUGGUGAGUGUCUUUCGCGCAGCGAACGGCCGGAAAGACGACCCCUUGCUGUGGGGCGAUGAAGUGGAGUACAUGCUGUGUUCGAUUGAUGACGGGCAGCGAAACGCUACUUUGGCGAUCGACAACGACGAUAUUUUAUCCGAAUUGCAGACUAAAUACAAAGCAGAAUGCGAGGCCCACAAUGCGUGUUUUCAUCCUGAAUAUGGCAGAUUUAUGAUUGAGGCCACUCCUUCGCGGCCUUACACCGGUUUUGCUCUACAAUACGUCGAAGAGAACAUGGCACAAAGAAGGGCUUUGGCGGAGGAAAAGCUCGAGAAAAGCGGUGUGCAACUGCUCUCCCUCGCAGUCUUUCCGCGAAUGGGGUGCCCUGGCUUCACUGAUGUGGCAGAGGUGUGGAGCUCCCGCAACACAGCUUCGCGGUCAUUGUAUUUGCCGGACCAAGUGAUCAAUCGUCACGCCCGUUUCCCAACAUUGACAGCAAAUAUCCGUACCAGAAGAGGCGAGAAGGUUUGCAUCAAUGUUCCCAUGUAUCAGGAUGAAAAUACGCCUGAGAACGACGACACCGUUUACCAACGUGACUGGUUUGCUCCCGAGGAUCAAGAGGCUGCAUUAGCGGCAAAACCGGGACAUAUUUACAUGGAUGCCAUGGGAUUUGGGAUGGGCUGCAGUUGUUUGCAAAUUACAUUUCAAGCACCCACUGUAGAUAAGGCGCGGUAUCUCUACGAUUCGCUCCUUAACUUUGCCCCCGUCUUUCUCGCGGCGACAGCAGCUUCGCCGGUCUUUAAAGGAUGGUUGGCGGAUCAAGAUGUCCGUUGGAACGUCAUUGAAGGAGCCGUCGACGAUCGCACUCCUUACGAACGCAGUGUGGAACCUCUUCUUCCAGAAUUCAAUAAUGGGCACGGCGCCUCUACCAAUUCCAACCCUCUGCGGAUUCCCAAAUCUAGGUACAGCACCGUCGAUUUGUUUUUAGGCGGAAACAGUUUUUUUGACCGCAAGUUUAAUGACACAGAUGUUCCCGUAAACGAGGCCGUUUUGGAGGAACUUCAAACAAAUGAUGUAUUUCCUAUGGAUUACGACUUGGCUCGUCACUUCGCACAUCUUUUUAUAAGAGAUCCUUUAGUGGUAUUUGAAGAGCGCGUGAUGCAGGAUAAUGAGAAUUCCACCGAUCACUUUGAAAAUAUUCAAAGCACCAAUUGGCAAACUCUGCGAUUCAAACCACCCACGCAAGCUGCUAUACCUAGCAAUAGGGAUGUUCCAGGAUGGCGCGUUGAAUUCCGUCCAAUGGAGAUACACAUCACCGAUUUCGAGAACGCCGCUUAUGCAACUUUCUUGUUUUUGAUCGUGGAAUGUUUACUGGAGUUCAGCAACGAUAUCAACGCCUACAUGCCAAUGUCCCAGAUAUGGGAAAAUAUGGCUACGGCGCAUGGCCGUGAUGCGGCUCGAGGCGGGGAGUUUUAUUGGAAGACCUCAUUCACAAAUGAAGGGACUGCAAAAUCAACUUUGUCCAACAUUUUUCAUAACGGAUCUUCGGGAAUCUUUCCACAAUUUAUAGAACCCAUACUAAGGCGCAAAAACAUCGUUACAAAAUCGUGGACAGAGCUGCGCAGUUCUAGUGAAGCCGGCCAUGUCAGACUAUACUAUUAUUUAAAGUUGGUGUCUGACAGAGCGAUGGGAGUGAUACCCACAACAGCAAACUUUCUACGUCGGUACAUUACCACCCAUUGCGCGUACCAGAAUGACUCCCGACUUCUAACGGAAAUCAACUACGAUAUGCUGAAAAUGAUCGCGAGAAUCACACAUUAUGACAACAGCAAUGAAGAGCUCUCUGCGUUUUUUGGUAAUGAGAUUGCUCACUAUUUGUUAAAUAAUAAGUUAUAG